AUGAACACAUCCAGCAGUACCAUUACAGGGCUCAAAGUAUGCAAAAAAUACAAAUUGGGCAAAAAGAUUGGUUCCGGUUCAUUUGGCGAAAUUUACCAUGGCACGGACGAAAUUUCAGGCGAAGAAGUCGCUGUAAAAAUGGAGUCGGUCAAGGCGAAACAUCCACAGCUAGAAUACGAGUUCCGAGUAUAUAAAAUACUAGAAGGCGGUGAGGGUAUACCCACGGUGAAAUGCUUUGCCACCGAACAACAAUACAAUAUCAUGGUCAUGGAAUUACUUGGCCCGUCAUUAGAGGAUUUAUUCAACUUCUGCUCCCGCAGAUUAUCUCUCAAGACUGUACUCAUUCUAGCCGAUCAAAUGCUCCACCGAAUCGAGUAUAUGCAUUCGCGAAAUUUUAUUCACCGCGAUAUCAAGCCUGAUAAUUUCUUGAUGGGUGUGGGUCGCCGCGGAAACCAAGUGAACAUGAUCGACCUCGGCCUUGCAAAACGAUACCGUGACCCACGAACAAACGCACACAUACCUUACAGGGACGGCAAAAAUCUGACAGGCACGGCUCGUUACGCUAGUAUAAAAACACACCUUGGGGGUGAACAAGCCUGUCGCGAUGAUUUGGAAUCGCUUGGCUACGUGCUCGUGUACUUUUUCCGUGGAUCGUUACCUUGGCAAGGAUUAAAAGCGAAAACCAAAAAACAAAAAUAUGAUCUGAUCAGCAGUCGAAAACAGGCCACUCCACUGGACGUUCUAUGCAAGGACAUGCCAAGAGAGUUUGUUACGUAUCUCACGUACGCUCGUGAACUGGACUUUGAACAAAAGCCUGACUAUGCAUAUUUACGAGGACUGUUUGCCACUGCUUUUGCACGCGAAUCAUACAAACAUGAUCUUCGCUUUGACUGGAACUUGCUGAAACUGGUAAGCGAGACCCUGUGUCUCUUGUUCUUCCGAUUUCAGUCACCGUUAUAA